AUGAACCACUUUUUGGUUGCUACCUGUGUUUUGGCCGUUGCUUCCUUUGUCGGAGCUGGCGAAUUUGCUCAUUAUCCAGCUCAUUUUGCACAUGUUGCUCACGUUCCCGUUCACGCUCCUGUUUUGGUAAAACACGAACCUUACGCACCACCCCAUUACAGUUUCCAAUAUGGAGUUCAUGAUGCUCAUACCGGAGAUAUCAAAUCCCAACACGAAACAAGAGAAGGAGAUGUUGUUAAGGGACAUUACAGCCUCGUUGAACCUGACGGUACCAUAAGAACUGUUGAAUAUACUGCUGACCAUCAUAACGGAUUCAAUGCUGUCGUUUCCAAUAGGUUGACUGGACCUGGUACCUAUGCAUUCGGAUACGAUGUCGAAGAUCCAGAAACCGGAAAUGUACAAUAUCGUCAAGAAGAAAAACAUGUAAACGGUACGAUAAUCGGAAGUUAUGGAUACGUCGAUGCUGAUGAAAAACCUGUAAUUGUAACAUACGUAGCUGAUAAAAACGGUUACAGGUGA